GUCAGGUACACUUGGAAACAGACCCUUCAACGAUGCACCAAACUUGCUUCUGCUAUUGCCCACCUCGGAGUUUCUAGCGGCGACGUGGUCAGUUUCGAUAUUAACUGAUAUAUCAUAUGUGAUAUUACCAUCCGAACUUGAGUUGCCUGGCCAGUGGCCAAGUUAUUUUGAUUAUGAUCUUUCCUAUUGACAAUGUUAGAUUUUAAAAGCUUACUUCAGAGGGUACUUGUAGUCUGUAAUUUAAAGGCUUAGGCUGUUCCACUGACUGUAACUAGCAUCGCUUCGAAUUGGUUUGAAAAUCUCUUUUGCUUUGAUCCCGUUUCUUUUCUGGGUUUCUGUAGUCUGUAAUUAGAAGGUUCUGGAUUUCUGACUCUGAUCAAUUUCUCAUUAAACUCUUCUGAAGUGCAAUUGUGAGAAUUAAACCUUUGGUUACGACUGUUCUUUGCUUCUGCUUAUCAUUUAUGCUACUCUUGGGCGUUGAUUAUCAUUUUACACAGGAAGAACAGAAAGCGGAAAGGAGACUAAUAUAAUAUUAAGAGCAACCCAUGUUCACAAUUUCAUUGUCUCUCUGUAAUGAUACUACCGGUUGCAGUACUUGCCCCAAAUACUCCAGCCAUGUAUGAACUUCAUUUUGGUGUUCCAAUGUCAGGGGCUGUUCUCUGCACUCUGAACACCCGCCAAGAUUCUCCAAUGAUUUCAGUGUUAUUGAAACAUUCAGAGGCUAAAAUUUUUUUUGUAGACUAUCAACUGGUAGAUAUUGCUCAAGGAGCACUUGAUCUCCUCUCCAAAAGAACAUCCAAGAUUCCCCUUUUGGUCUUGAUUCCAGAAUGUGGUAUUAGUAACAACAACACAUCCUCUUCUGGAAUAUUGAAAUAUGAGCAGCUCCUAGCUAGAGGAAAUAUUGAUUUUGAAGUUAGAAAACCAAAGGAUGAAACUGAUCCGAUCUCACUCAAUUACACUUCUGGAACUACAUCAAGCCCCAAAGGUGUAAUCUUCAGUCAUAGAGGUGCCUAUCUCAAUGCUCUGGCCACAGUUCUUCUCAAUGACAUGAGGUUUAUGCCGGUGUAUUUAUGGUGCGUCCCCAUGUUCCAUUGCAAUGGAUGGUGUCUCCCAUGGGGAAUUGCUGCUCAGGGUGGUACAAAUGUCUGCCAACGAAAUGUAACUGCCAAAUCAAUAUUUGACAAUAUCUACCGCCACAAAGUUACACACACUGGUGGUGCUCCAACGGUUUUAAAUAUGAUAAUAAAUUCACCUCUAGAUGUUCGAAAACCACUUCCUGGGAAGGUAGCAGUGAUGACUGGGGGUGCUCCACCGCCACCGGAGGUUCUGUUCAAGAUGGAAGAACUGGGAUUCAGUGUGACACAUUCGUAUGGUUUGACGGAAACUUAUGGUCCGGCAACGGUUUGCACUUGGAAAUCAGAAUGGGACACCCUUCCUAGAGACACACGAGCUAAACUCAAAGCACGCCAAGGAGUAUACCAUUUAGGUCUUGAUGAGUGUGAUGUGAAAGAUCCUGUGACAAUGAAGAGCGUACCUGCUGAUGCAAAAACCAUGGGAGAGGUAAUGUUCAGAGGUAACACUGUGAUGAAUGGAUAUCUAAAGAAUCUGGAAGCUACCCAAGAGGCGUUUAAAUGUGGAUGGUUUAGAAGUGGUGACUUGGGAGUGAAACAUCCUGAUGGGUACAUUGAACUCAAGGAUCGAUCGAAGGAUAUAAUAAUCUCAGGAGGAGAAAACAUAAGCUCAAUAGAAUUAGAAGGUAUAAUUUUCAGUCAUCCCGCAGUUUUUGAUGCUGCUGUUGUAGGUAGGCCUGAUGACUACUGGGGAGAGACACCAUGUGCUUUUGUGAAGCUGAAGGAAGGGUUCAGUGCUACAGAGCAAGAAAUUAUAGAGUUUUGUCAGAAACGUUUGCCUCGUUACAUGGCUCCAAAAACUGUGGUUUUUCAAGAUUUGCCCAAGACAUCAACUGGUAAGACGCAGAAAUAUGUUCUAAAGAAGAAAGCUAAGGCCAUGGGAAGCUUGUCUAAUAAGAAGAUCACCAGCCGGUUGUAAAGCAUCUUGGUUAAGAUUAUAUUGUCAAUUGUAUUCCAAAAAAAAUAUAUUGUCAAUUGUUAUGAUUUUUCUUAAAUUUUUAUGCGAGUCAAGUUUACAUGGCGCUACUUGUAAGUGCUGCAAUGUUCUGAACUCGCGAUUUAUGACAAUUUGUCUUGGACACUUAUCAUGAGUGCGUGUAUUGUGCUAUAUAUGUUGGAAAAUAAGUACAAGAUCAUUAAAAUUAUAUUGCAUUA